UGAAACAGGUAGACGAACGUCUCAAGCUAUAUAUAUCCUUGUUUAACAUUAAUCGUGUUCGUGUCAUUGACACGAACCGUUGUUGUCGUGCAUCUGCAUUCUUCGCAUUGACUGAAGGAGAGGACAUCAAAGUGAAAGCAAAGCUCUCGCUCUCAACCUCAUUUCGUCGAAGGAGAUCAGCAAUCUCUCCGACUGCACCUUCUGUAGCUUGAGGAAGUGAUGUCAACCGGAUUGCGAGGUAGGUCGGCGGGGUGCCUCCGGUGCUGUCUAGUGAUCUUUGCGAUGGCAUCAGCACUCUGCGUCUCAGCGCCGGCCCUCUAUUGGAGAUUUAGGAAGGGUUUCAUUGCUAGCUCUGCCGCGUCUGCCGGUUGCGCCCCCUGCAUCUGCGACUGCCCGCCUCCUCUCUCCCUCCAGAAGAUCGCGCCGGGGCUCUUGAACCUGUCUGUUACAGACUGUGGUAAGAAUGAUCCGGAGCUGCACAAGGAGAUGGAGAAGCAAUUUGUCGAUCUCCUCACCGAAGAGCUAAAAUUGCGAGAGGUCGUCGCCGAUGAGCAUGCACACCACAUGAAUGCUACCCUUCUGGAUGCCAAAAGACUUGCGUCCCAGUACCAGAAGGAAGCUGAGAAGUGCAAUGCUGCUACCGAGACUUGUGAGGAGGCACGGGAGCGGGCUCAAGCAGCAUUCAUUAAAGAGAAGAAACUAACAGCAUACUGGGAGCGCCAGGCCCGAGCACUUGGUUGGCAAGUUGCUUGACACUGUGGCUCCUUGUGCCAAGAUUGGUUUAUAAUUGAAUAUAAUAGCAUGCUCUUACAAUUAUGUUUGAAGCCAAAGGCUUAUUCUUUUUUUUUUUUUUUUUAAUUGAGGUGGUUUACUUGUUAAAUGGGAACAUAGAGAUUGUUUUUCUAAAUAUUCUGUUUAUGGCUGUGUUAGUCAUGAAAGAAGUAAAAAGCUUUAGCUUUUGUUUUGUUUGACACGAUGUUAUGCUUCUGUAACAUGGAUGAGUUUUCUUAAGUUCAAUCAGGAUGAGUUUUCUAUUCA